UGCACCGUGCCCACGCUGCGUCUGGAGUGUUGUUCACGUUUGAGCUCCGCUUUGUUAACGAGCUGUUGUACUCGAAGUUAAUUAGCGACAAGACCGACACCCUCCCCGAAACAGCAGGUGUAUUUUUAGAGUCUCGGGGUGACUGAUGGAACUGCAGGAUCAAGCAGAACAGUUCUUUAGAAGUGGACACACAAACAACUGGGCGGUCUUGGUGUGUACGUCUCGAUUCUGGUUUAAUUAUCGUCAUGUGGCAAACACUCUCUCAGUAUACAGAAGUGUCAAGAGACUGGGCAUUCCUGAUAGUCACAUUGUGCUGAUGCUGGCAGAUGACAUGGCCUGUAAUCCCAGAAAUCCCAAACCAGCCACUGUGUUCAGUCAUAAAAACAUGGAGCUAAACGUCUAUGGAGAUGAUGUGGAAGUGGAUUACAGGAGCUAUGAGGUUACUGUUGAAAACUUCUUGCGAGUGUUAACGGGGAGAAUCCCCCCAAGCACCCCACGGUCUAAACGUCUCCUUUCUGAUGACAGAAGCAAUAUUCUGAUAUAUAUGACAGGCCAUGGGGGAAAUGGUUUCCUAAAAUUUCAAGAUUCUGAAGAAAUCACAAAUGUAGAACUUGCUGAUGCCUUCGAACAAAUGUGGCAGAAAAGGAGGUACAAUGAGUUGUUGUUUAUUAUUGAUACUUGUCAAGGAGCAUCCAUGUAUGAACGGUUUUAUUCCCCUAACAUAAUGGCCUUGGCUAGCAGCCAAGUAGGAGAAGAUUCUUUAUCACAUCAACCUGACCUUGGGAUUGGUGUUCAUCUUAUGGACAGAUACACCUUCUAUGUACUGGAGUUCUUGGAAGAAAUUCAUCCAGCCAGUCAGACAAAUAUGAAUGACCUGUUUCAGGUCUGUCCAAAAAGUCUGUGUGUUUCCACCCCUGGGCAUCGAACCGAUCUCUUCCAGCGGGACCCUCAGAACGUUCUGAUCACGGAUUUCUUCGGCAGCGUGCGCAAGGUGGAGAUCACCACGGAGACCAUUGCUCUGGACAGGGACCCAGCUGCUUUUGAAAGCAAGUUUCCAGAGGAUGAGUUGGCCACAGAACCACUAAAAUACGCUGAACAACUUCCUGUAGCUCAGAUAAUACACCAGAAACCAAAACAAAAGGAUUGGCAUCCUCCUGGAGGAUUUAUUUUAGGACUCUGGGCAUUGAUCAUCAUGGUUUUCUUCAAAACAUAUGGAAUCAAGCACAUGAAACACGUCUUCUGAACUGGAACAAGCAAGAUGUUUGCAUUGGCUGCUCCUUUGGGUUUGGGUUCCUGGGUAUCAGUUGUGUUCUCUGCACGUGGAUUGUGGUUGUGGUGAAAAACAGGGUUGAGAUCUCACUUCUGACAGUUCUUUUGAAGUCAUCUUUUCUGCUCCUCUUUCUGGAAAGAUUGUAACAAGUGUUUUAAAUGUUAUUUUACUUUGUUUUGUUUUAAACAUAUUGUAAUGCUUUUCUGAGCAUUUUUUUCUUUCUGGUUAAACUUGAAAAGGGGCAGGAUCUAAACCCAGUGACAGGUUGCUUCUGAAUUGUAAGUGGGCAAAUUCUUUUCCCCAUCCUUCAGAGUAAAUCCUAGAAGUAGUCACCUAUCACUGAAGAACUGGACAUUGUGUAGAAUGUUAUUUAAGAUGUCAUUUUAUCAAUAAAAACUUAAGCCACUUUGCAGACUUUGGCAUGAUGUAUUGAAAGCUUUCUUCAUAAAAAUAAAAAUACUCUAGAAUAUAUUGAUUUUUUUUUCUUAUUCCUUUUUCCUCCUUGUAAAAUGCAACCCUUACAUCAGUCCUUUCACCUUAGGCACUCGCCUUUUGAGUUUAGGAUUCUAUGAGUUGGUGAAAGUAAAAAAAAAAAAUUAUGACCUUGCUGAAUCUACUUCAAAAAUACAAAAAAAAAGCUAAACUACUUCACCACGUCCAUUAGAAACCCCUCAUAGGUGUGUUGUAUUUUCCCUGCAUACAAUAUGGAGUUGGAUGCUUUCAGGAUUUUCACUGCAGUGGAUUUUUGCACAGAAGAAAAUCGACUCUGGCAUCAGGAUGAAAAAUGUUAUAAAGUGUACUACUGUAUUCAGUAGUUUCCGAGCCCUUGGAAAAUGUACUUUAUUGCCUGGGUUUUGUAAAUCCUGGUUUGGCCUAUUGAUUUGUUCUUCUUGGACAUUUACUGAUGAAUGUGUGCUAAAAGGGGUUUGUCUGUAUAACAUAUUGAUGCUAGUGAAGAGAAGAGCAAAUGAACAAAUUUGUGCAUGUGUAGAAACAAGUCUGUCAGCGAGGAGAAGCUUUUGCCCUGUGCUUUUGGGACCUGUUCUCUGCUUAAUCAUAAUAAAGCUUACCUGGUGCAUCCA